AUGGCCAAGUCCAUCAUCAAAAGAUACCACUAUGUCAAAAGACGCCUAAGAGGAGCCUCCAGGAAGCAGUCACGCCAUUCCAGCAUCAACUUUGGCCAAAGAAAUUACUCUCUCUACAUAAACAGGGUCCUGAAGGAAGUUGUCCCCAAGAGAGGCCUGUCGUCGCACACUUUGGAUGUUAUGAACAUCCUGAUCAAUGACAUGUUUGAACGCAUUGCCACGGAAGCCUGCCAUCUGAUGUACCUCAGAAAGCGCUGUACCCUCACCCCAGAAGAUAUCCAAAAGGCGGUGUGUCUGCUGCUGCCGAAGAAGCUGGCUAGGUUUGCAGUGACUUUUGGAAGUGAGGCAGUGCACAGAUUUGUCCACUCCUAAGCUCCAUGUGCAAG